AGUCCAAUAGCGCACGUUUUGUUGUUGAGGCAGUUUCUUCUUCUUACCUGUCUCUUUAUAAGGCCAACUUGGGAGUGCAACUUUGAUCAGUAACCAAAUUUAGAUGGCUUCAAAAUAUGGUAAUGUUGUCUUCUGUUUUAGAUUGGUGCUUCUUCUUGUGUUUGUAUUUGCAGAGGCUGCGCCCAACACACCAAGCAAAUCCAUUAAAGCUAUCAAGCGAAGAAGCUUCCCGAAAGGCUUCGUUUUUGGCACAGCAUCUUCGUCUUAUCAGUAUGAAGGUGCUGCUUUUGAGCAUGGAAAAGGACCAAAUAUUUGGGAUAACUAUACUCAUCAAUACCCAGAGAGAAUUGUCGAUCACAGUAAUGGAGACAUAGCUGUUGAUUCAUACCACCGCUACAAGGAAGACAUUGCCAUUAUGAAACAAACAGGUUUGGAUGCUUACAGAUUCUCAAUCUCAUGGGCUAGAAUUUUACCAAAAGGAAAUCUUAGUGGUGGUGUAAACAAAGAAGGAAUUGAGUACUACAACAACCUCAUCAAUGAGUUGCUUGCAAAUGGCAUCCAACCUUACGUUACACUUUUCCAUUGGGAUGUUCCCCAGGCCUUACAAGAUCAAUAUCAAGGCUUCAUGGGUCGUCAAAUUGUGAAUGAUUUUCGGGACUAUGCGGAGCUUUGCUUCAAGGAGUAUGGAGACCGAGUCAAACACUGGAUCACCUUAAAUGAGCAAGUCACCUUCGCCCUACAAGGUUACGUAAUAGGAAAAAAUGCACCAGGAAGAUGUUCAAAAUGGUUCAAUUCUAAUUGUAUUGGCGGUGAUGCUGGCACUGAACCAUAUAUUGUUGGUCAUAACUUAAUUCUUGCCCAUGCUAAUGCUGUCAAAGUUUACAAGACGAGAUAUCAGAAAGAACAAAAGGGUGAGAUUGGCAUCACAUUGGUGUCCGCUUGGUUUGUCCCAUAUUCAGAUACUCGGGCAGACAAAGAAGCUGCAAGUCGAGUUCUUGAUUUUUCUUAUGGUUGGUUUUUGCAUCCGCUCGUGUACGGAGAUUAUCCACCCGUCAUGAGAAGCCAUGUAAAGGAUAGAUUGCCCAAAUUCACAAAGGAAGAAACUAUUUUGACCACGGGAUCGUAUGAUUUUCUUGGAAUCAACUACUACACAGCUAAUUAUGCAAUAGACACUUCCAAUUCUACCCCACCUGGUCUUCCACCGCACUACCUAAUUGAUAUUGCUGCAAAUGUUACAACUGAUCGUGAUGGCAUCUCAAUUGGUCGAAAGGUGAAUGAUUCAUCUUGGCUUGCAGCUUAUCCACAAGGAUUGAGAGAAGUAUUGUUAUACACAAAAAAUAACUAUAAAAAUCCAAUUAUCUACGUCACAGAAAAUGGAUGGCUUGACUAUGAUAGUUCUGAUCAUGUGGAAGAACUAAUUCAUGAUAAUGGAAGAGUCAAAUACUUUCAUGAUCAUCUCCUUUCUCUUCGCGAAGCAAUCAAGGCUGGUGUGAGGGUAAAAGGAUAUUUUGCAUGGUCGUUGUUGGACAACUUUGAAUGGGCAGAUGGAUAUAGCAUGCGCUUUGGUCUCGUCUACAUUGAUUUCAAAAACAACUUGAAGAGAAUUCCAAAGCUCUCACUCAAAUGGUUCCAAAAUUUCCUCAAGAACUGAUGGUAUAUCCAAUUAUAUUGACCAAGACUUGGAGAUUUCUUAUGGGGGAAGGAUAGUCUAUGGGUUUCUCUAAUAUCAGAUGGCCCACCCGAAGAACAGACACUUCACAAAGCUUUGGCGCCAACUUCUCUCUGCGACGCUUCCCUCUGGCUAACGCCGUCCUGCAUCGAUAAGUAUUUGAAUUUUAUGUUUUUAGUUAAUUUUUGCAACAAUUUUUUUUAAUACCACUGUGGACCACUUGCUCAACUCCAAUCAACUCCAAGGAAUUCUUUGGGACAACUUUCACCCAAAAUGUUAGUUUUUCCAUUUUUAUUCGGUUAUUUUA